CUGGAAAUAGAUAUCGGAAAUUCCAUGUUUUGCAUCAACAGACUGUCUUUCUUACUUUUUCCUGCUUUAACUGUUGGUUUAGGAACUGUCAAGGCUCAAAGUGUGAUAUCAUUCUUAAGUUCCGGAGUUACUCUCACUGCUUGAUUUUGGGUAGUGAGAGAUCCUUUAAGUGAAGGCUUCCACCAUUUUGUUUAGAGCCGUGUACCCAUGGGUAACUAUCUCAAGAACAUGUCAGCGAAGAAAAGUAAAGAGUACACGUUCCCCGAUACCUUAGAAGAAUUUGGUUAUGGUUUCAAUGAUGCGGGACAGUUACGGCACCUAGAGACAAAGGAACCAUUCCAGUUCCAGGUCCGGGAGGAUGAUCUGGAGUACAAUCAGAAACGUUACGAGGCAAUGGGAGAGGUCAUAACAGAUAUGGUUUACAGUAUGAUGGAAAAGGAUACUAGGCUACAGAGGAUUUCACUCCCAAAAGAUGCUAAAGAAAAUGAGCCACAGACAUUUUUCUUCAUGUCUAAUGACAUCAUGACAGCCAGAAGACUGAUGAUUUUAAUCCAUGGAUCAGGAGCUGUGAGGGCAGGGCAGUGGGCCAGAAAACUUAUUAUCAAUGACUGCCUUGAUAGUGGUACACAGCUGCCGUUUAUAAGGUGGGCCCAGGAACAUGGAUUUAGUGUGAUAGUUGCCAACCCAAACCUAAACAGAGCCAAUGGAGAACGUACCUUAAUUAGGGGUAACUCUUCCCCUGAGGAGCACAUGGAGACAUUGUGGACAGAAUAUGUGGCCAAAUCCCAGGCUAAAGACAUCGCCAUUGUGGCCCAUAGCUACGGAGGUGUCAGUACUAUGGAGCUGGCUGAAAACCACCUGGAGGACUUCAACAAGAGAGUGAAGGCAGUUGCCCUGACUGACUCCGUCCACAAGUUUGCACACCAGAAGUCUUCCGAGCAACUUAUCAAUUUCUAUCAGCAGAGAGCAAGGAACUGGGCGUCAGCAGGGUCCCAGGAUCCCCUGGAUUCUCCACUCGACUCUAGAAUGGACUUUUGUCCCACUGUUUCAGCAGGAACUGAUCGUCAUGACUACACAAGUUACAGCAGUAUGACGUCGAUAUUCAAAUUCAUUGAAGAACAAUUUUCUGGGUCUAAGAAAAAAACAGAUAGUGUAAAUAAAUCAAAAUCUAGUUCAGUUGACCCUGUCCCUAAAGCAGAGAAAGACAAAGCAAACGAAAAUGUGAAAAAAUCCACAGACAGUGCUGCUGCCGCCUUGGAGAGCUCAGCAGGGGAGACAACUGAGAAAGAGGACACUAGUAAUACUCAGGAAAUGUUGAGUCAGCAAGAUACAGAGGCAAUGUCACAGGAUACAAACAGCCAAGGGGCAACUUCUGACAUAGAGAUGGACUCACAGGGACCUACUAGUCCCAAGUCAGAACUGUAAUUACUCUUGGGCGGUUACAUUGUGGGUUCCAUUGGUAUUGGAAUAAGGUUGUACUAGAACUUAUUGUCCGACAAAAGGCUGAAAUAAUAAAUGUCAGUCUUGGAUCAACAGAGGGCUUCCUCUUUACACUCUUCCAGAGAGGGAGGUUUCACCUGGUUGUUAUACUGCAUUUUGUGAAAACGUUUGAUGAGUAGGAUAACACCUCCUUUUAUGCAUUGCUUAUACAAUAAUGUAUACUCUUUCUUGAGACUAUACAUAAAAGAGUGUAUCUUUUUAUAUGUACACAAUAAUAUAAUUAACAUAAAUGAUAUAAUUAAGAAACAUUAACUAGUGAAAGAGUAACUUUUAUAAUUAAUGCACCCACCAAACUUUGACAGGAAUAUUAUGGUGUUGUCUGUUAUUCUGGCAAAACCUUUGGUUGGUAAAAACAUCUCGACUGAUCGUGUUGAACCUUGGUAGGCUUAAAAACUUAUUUGUAUUCUUCCCCAGAAUGGUAUUUAUCUGAUCUAAUUUUGUCUUGGGAUCUUCUCUCUUUCAGUUUUAAGCUGGCUUUCUUAAAACUUUGUUGGCUUUAUAACCAUUUAUAUGCAGUUCUGCUUUCCUGAGUAGCUUUUUGAUUGAUUUAUUUUUUAAGAAUUUUAUUGCUUACUGAAGUUGUUGUUUUUGUCCUGGGAUCACUAUGGAAGGUAAUCAAUGGCAGGAUUUGUGUACUUGACAUGUAGUUUCUUUCUGAAAGUUUUCUCCAAAAAGUCAAGAUAUCGAGAGAAUUAGUAUGGAAAGUCAUAGUAAUGUAUUGCAACAAAGCAGAUGAUGGUACAAACAUCACUCAUGUCAAUUUUCAGAACAAUCCAUUCAUUAUUUUCUCACUUAAACCGCAUUUUUAUUUGACAAUUCUUCUUUCAUAUCAACAUUUCUAUGCAUUUUGAAAGAAGAAUUUGUUACAAAUAUAAUGUUAUUCACACAUAACCAAAUAAAGUAAUGUUUACUGUAGAUAUGUAAAUAUAUAGACUUGUUCUCAUAUUUUGGAGUAAAAUAUAUUUGACUUGCUAUAAGGAAAUGAGUGUUUAACCGGCGAAUGAUGAUAUCUCUAUUGUGUCAAGUUAUGUAGGUAGUUUGAUUUUUGUGUGGAAAGUGUAUAAAGUUUGAUGUCUCACAACUUUUCCAUUCUACAAGUACAUUUGUAUUGGGUUGAUAGCACCAAUGGACAUUGUGUGUGUGAGGAUGUGUGUGUGUCCAUCAGUAACUCCCUAAUGACAGUCGUCUGGACAACAUCUAAAUGUGAAAUUCUAUCAAGUUAACUACAGAUUCUUCAUGAUGGGAUGAGGGGAGUUAUCCAUCUGACUAUCAUCUUAGUAGCACCACUAUCAUUUAUUAUUUCACUUGUUUAUUGGGCUGAGACAUCAACAACAGAUCAAGGCAGACACAACCUAAAGGAUACUACAUAUUGUUGUUAGGUUUUGUUGGUUAAAAAUCCAACCUGGCCACUAUACAAUUUAUAUGUCUUUUGUUGGACUGAGAAAUAUUAAACAGUGUUUCCAUUAAAAUGGAUUCAGCAACACUUA